AUGGCACAAUAUCCAGAAGAAGUCAUUAACCCUGGUCCAGAGGAUAACUCACUUCUGUACUUACAAACUCAACAUAUUUCGCAACAAGUUUGGAAUGAAAAUGUUUCUCGAAUCCUACACACUAGACGAGUCAUGCAUGCUAAUCGAAUGAUUGAGCCACCCAAUCAGAUACUUGAAUAUCUUAGAUUAGCUGGAUUUUAUGGUGUUGCGAGGGUAGGGCAAUUUGAUUACGACCGGAGUUUGGUCUCAGCCCUUGUUGAGAGGUGGCGUCCUGAGACUCACACAUUUCAUACUACACGUGGAGAGUGCACAAUAACAUUAGAGGAUGUUGCUAUACAGUUAGGCCUUCCUUGUGUAGGAAUGCCUGUCAUUGGGAAAACUGACUUUAAUUGGCAAGAUGUUUGUGAAUGGCUUCUAGGGGUUGAUUGGAGGAUAUCUCAUGCCAGAUAG